AUGUCGGUGGAUCUAAUCUCCAUAAAGAGGAAAGAUCAAGAUGGAAACGUUCCAAACUUUAUAAAUUUAGAAAGUUUGUCGUAUAGACCCUGUAAUGCCAAGACGAUGUCGCGGAAGAAAAGCGAAACGGCGAGUAUGAGUAAUUUCGUCUCACACCAGACAACGUGUAAGAAAUGUACGAAUACAGAAUGGGCCGAUUUCACCCAAAAUACUUCUUUACAUGGUCUGAGAUACAUCUGGGAGCAAAAUACCUUUACUCUGAGAAGGAUUGUAUGGUUAUUGUUGGUAUUGGGUGGUAUAGGGUUAAUGUCCUAUCAGAUUAUAGACCGUGUUGUAUAUUAUUUUGACUCCCCAGUCACCGUCAACUUAAUGGUGAAUUUUAACAAGUCUCUACAGUUUCCAUCCAUCACUUUCUGUAACCAAAACGCCUUCAGAUCUACAGUUACUGCUGCGUCUGGACGAUACGAUCUACUCACAAGUAUCUAUAACAACUUUAAUAACUUCUCACUGGACGAUCUCCAAAAAUAUAACAGUCAAAAUAUAUCACUGGAUGAUCUUUAUUUAACUUCUGGUCACAGAAUAGAAGACAUGGUUGUAAGAUGUAAAUGGCGAGGAAAGGAUUGUGGACCUGAAAAUUUCACCCGAACCAUUUCCGACAAGGGAGUUUGUUUUGCUUUUAAUAGUGAUAAAAGUAACCAACUUCUAGUUGAUUCUGUGGGUUCUGAGAAUGGUCUAUCUAUAACAUUAAAUAUAGAAGAUUAUGAAUAUAUGCCGGGACCAAACGACGCCUCUGGUAUCAAGCUGCUGGUACAUGAUGUUCAACAGUUCCCUAAAGUUCAUGAACUCGGAAUAGCUUUAAGUGCUGGACUCGAGUCUUUUGUUGGUCUGGAAUUUUUAUCUGUAAGCAAUCUUCCCAAGCCUCAUGGACACUGUGAGAAUAUGAAAUUGAAGUAUUUUGAAGUUUAUUCCCCGGACAACUGUCAGAUAGAAUGCCUAACGGAGUUAACCAUCCAAAAUUGUGGUUGUAGAUUACAGUCCAUGCCGUAUAACUCAGGUUACUAUUUCUGUUUUACGCCAACUUCCGCUAUUUUUGUGGAGCAAAUAGGGUCGUUAUUGAGCAGGGGCAUUCGAUUUGUACCCUGGGUGUAG